UUGGAUCCGUCUGGACGCACACGGCAUCCCCGUGUGAUGAAAUUGCAUGGAUUGGCAUGCCGCGCGUGAAGACUCUGCCCCAUUGAUGUUCAGGUACCGGUACGUCACUCGUCGAGUGUGCCAAAUCCUCCAAAAGAGCAUGCGGUUAGCGCUCACCUCUUCCACGUGAGUGCGAAUACGAAUCUCAGGAGAGACGGGAUCGGGUGGGGUUGAAGACAAUACCCUAUGCACAUUGUCGUCCGCACCGAAGCUCAACCCGAGCAAUCCACGGCGAGCCAGCAAGUACACUCGUGGUUGCAGUGGUCGGACCUAUCAAUCACUUCAUAGUCGACAGGCCCCACUAGAAUGAUUGUCCCCAGGAAAGCCUUUGGGACGUUGGUGCUGGUGUUGUUACUGUCUUGCUUCGUGAUCUUCUCCCAACAAUGGCAAGGCAUGCUGUUUGGGAACCCUGGACCAAUUGUCCCAUACACCACGCAUAUCGUUCUGUUCCAGUUCAAGGACGGCACCAGUCCGAUCGCUAUCAAGGAGAUUGCCUCCAAGUUCAUUGCCUUGAAAAGGUCGUGCAUUCAUCCUAGUACACAGAGACCGUACAUAUUCUCGCUGUCAGGUGGGAAAGACAUUUCAAUUGAGAAACUGCAGAAUGGGAUAAGCCACGCUUUUGUCCUGCAGUUCUACUCAAACGCAGACCGAGACUACUAUGUGAAUGAGGAUCCGGUCCACCAAACCUUCAAAGAGGCUGCUGGUGCGGUGGUCCAGCAGACGUUGGUCGUUGAUUACCAGGACGGCGUAUUCACAGAAGCGGGAUAGGACAUGGAGAGAAUCACUCUCGCCGGUAUAUACAUAUACUAUACGCUCAAGUUAUUCCAACAUUUUGAUCGCCGGUUACUUUGCAGCAAUUGUGCCAAUCAAUGUGACAAUAGUCACCCCAUUGUCAACUAAGUUCUCGGAUCAGUGUGGGAGCCUUGAGCCUAAGUUUGUA